GUAUAUUUUUUCCAUGAUGGAAUGGACAGAAUGAAACUGCUGGAUGAACUUAAGAAACUUUAUGAAAUCACAGAAAACGAAGAGAUGCUUGACUCGAGCUGGCCUGAAGACCACGUGUUUCAAGAGAUCUUGCAGACUGAUUUGAGUCCUCCUCAGGAAACAAAGGCAGAAGACAAUGGAAUAGAAGGAAACCAGGCUGCCUCCAUGCCGGACAUCAAGAGAAACCCCAGAGAAAGAAACGUGAUGACCAUUGUGCUGUUGGGACAGACCGGCAGUGGGAAAAGUGCGACUGGUAACACCAUACUGGCUAGGAGGCAGUUUGAAUCUCGUGCCAGUUCCACAGCCAUAACACAGAAAUGUGAGAGAGCAGAGGGAUUAGUAUGCGGGAUAAAGGUCAGCGUCAUCGAUACGCCAGAUUUCUUUGACGAAGAUCUAGAGAAUCCAGAGAUCCACAUUAAGAAGUGUAAAGAACUCUCUCAGCAGGAGCCUGUGGUGUAUUUACUGGUCAUGCACAUGGGCCGUUUCUCAGAGGGUGAGAGAGAGAGCGUCUCGAAUUUUCAGAAAAUAUUUGGCGAGGGUUUGGUCGAAAAGGCGAUCGUUCUGUUCACAGGCAAAGAGAAGCUCAAAGGUGGGAGUUUAGGUGACUACAUUAAACUUGCUGACCCUCAGCUUCGGCGGCUGAUAAAAACACUUGGUUUCAGAUAUCAUGCCUUUAGUAACGACGACAAAAGGCGUCACCAAGUAAAAAAGCUGAUGGAGAUGAUUAUGGAAAUGCUGGUCAAGCAAAACCAAGACAUAGAUGAACUCUACCCCAGUUAUAAGAAGUCAAACAACACAAACUGUGCAAUCUCAUAGGCCACACUUAAGGAAGGGACUGAAAGGUGUUCUAUGUGGUUUCUGUGAUGCCAUUGAAGAAGGACUUUGGUUUCUCAGAAGAACUUUUCAAUGGAUGGUUCUUUAAAGAAGAUCUACUUGGAAGUUGGUAUAGCACAUUUAGGUUCUUUAAGGAAAGUGUACCUUCACAUGAAGUAAAGGUUCUAUAUGCAUGUCCUAGUGUAGCACAGCAGAGUCUAUACUGAGAAGAUACCAAUUUAAUCAAUCAAUCAAUCAAUCAAUCAACAUUUAGACUAAAGGGUACAUUGAGAGUGACCCUCAUUUGCAAUAUUGUCCAACAUGAUAAGCAAAUAUACAGGCAUUGAAAACUAUACAACAAAAUAUGGUGAUAAAUUCAUGCAAAAUUAAAUUAAAUCAACCAAAACAAGUAAAUAUAAAAAUGAGAGUAUAUUUUUUAGGAAUAAAUUUCUGAUGUAAGUCAUUUAUACUUCUGUUUUAUUGUUUUGC